AUCCGGCCCCUCUCCCAUCACUGUCUGGCAGACCUUCCAAGUUUGCAUCACUAGUUGGCAGUGCUUGGAAGUUGAAACACACGUUAAAUAUACAAGUGCGCGUUUAACCUGAUAUAAGUUCACCAAUGUCUGAACAGAAAACAAGCCUAUAGUCGUCGCCGUCGUCGGUUCACAGUACAACAGAUGAAACCUCGUGGACUUGCAGUCAGUCUCGUCAGUUCGCUCUCGCAUGACACGACGUUAUGGAGCACGCAGGAAGGGAAUCGGAAUCCGGUGCCAAUCGUGGUUCGGCAAACAGCACGGAGCAAAAGAGCAAUCCCUGGAGCAAUUUAUCGACCAUAACCACGUUCGACCGAGGUGAUAAUACGAAAUUGACAAUUGGCUUGAGGGAUACUAAUAAAAGUCCAAGCGACCAGAAAAUCGCGCCAUCUAAAAAUCCAGAAAAUCAGGAGCUGCAUGUAAUUCGGACAGUCUUUGUAGGAUCACUCCUGCAAUUAUUAUGCGACAUAUUAGGAAGGGACAAAAGUCACGGAAACAAAGCAUUUUCUGAUAUCCUAAAGAUAUUCAAGGAAAUGCGUUUAAUUGACGACACCUACGAUGCAGUGGAAUUUGAAGGGCUAAAAAAAAAGUACCAACAGGCUCUUAAGCAGAUGUUCUCAAUUGCUUAUAGUGAAUGCGAAAGUGACAUUGUUCCAUUCGUUUCAAAGCCGCUAACACCAAAACUGCGUUAUGAGGAGGAAUUUCGUGAAAUAAGUUUUAUUGCUAAGGGAGGUUUUGGUAAAGUUUAUAAAGCGCAACAUCGUCUCGACGGCAUUGAAUAUGCGAUUAAAAAAAUUAACGUGCCCACCGAUCAAGUAAAUGUUAUACAUGAACAAUUAAAUGAAGUAAGAACAAUGGCCAAAUUAGAUCAUAUUAAUAUUGUAUCCUACAAAGCGGCUUGGAUCGAACCACCGUCCUAUAAUUCGAGUGUGCCAUCCACAUAUCGUGAAUCGCGUAGAUUACAGACGUCGAAAGAUCAAGAAAAGCCGUGCAAUAUGCUGUUCGACGAGUUAUUCGAUCACAAAAAUGGUAUAAAAACGAAAAAGCAAUGUAAGGUAUAUAGAAACACUGAUGCUAUUCGUGAUGCUAUUAGUGAAAGAUUUGAAGAACUCCAUUCGUCGGAUGACAUCGCAGAAGAGAGAAUAACUGAGGAAAGUAACAACGGGGAAAGUACUGAUUUCAGUUCAGACAUAGUGUCUUUCCGAGUUAGCAAGAGCAAUGAAAAUCUAGAUCAAACGAAUAUAAAUGAGUAUACUAAAACCUCUAGUUCCAACACAGUGACUUUCAGUAGCAAGAGCAAAGAAAACUUUGAUCAAACAAAUACAGAUACGGAUACUAGUAACAGUUCGUAUAAAAAAUCUAACCUGAAAGUAUCUAUAUACACUCCCAAGGAAAAUCAGCCGUCUAUGACAUUGUACAUUCAAAUGGCUCUGUGUGAAGAAACCCUCCAACAAUGGCUGCUUAGUAAGACAAGUGCAACGCCUGGACCUUUAGCUAAAGAAAUAUUUCGACAGAUUCUUUCUGGAGUCGAUUAUAUGCAUUCUCAGCAAAUUGUACAUCAUGAUAUAAAGCCAAGCAAUAUAUUUAUAUCGAACUCGGGACGGCUUCAAAUUCAAUUAAGUGAUUUCGGAUUAGCUUGUCCAUUGCAAAUAGGAAAUAAACAUGCUGGGGUUGGCACUCGUAUGUAUGCAGCACCAGAACAACUAAUGGGAAAGUGUGAUAUAAAGAGUGAUAUCUACAGCAUAGGAGUCGUCCUUACUGAGCUGUUAACGUCAGCAAAAACCCGAAUGGAAUUAAGUAACGCAAUCCGUGAUAUAAAAAAUGGUAUAAUACCAGAUGAUCUCAAGCAUUACAAAUGGGUACAUGUGGUCACGCAAUUAGUGCAAGAAGAUCCCACUAAACGACCUAUGGCACAAAAGGUUUUGCAAGACUUGAAGAAGGAGGAUUUGCUAAAUGGAUUGAAAAAAAUUCUUACAAAUUUUACAAAUAGAAUUCUUAGCAAAGAUGACACAAUUCAAGAGCUACAAGAAGAUGACAGAUUAUUACAGGAAAUAGAAGGGGUAAUAUAUAAUACUAUUAAUACAACUUCAAUGUUACAAAGAGACUGAACUCACCCUUUUAGUUAGUUCCUGGAAAAGUAAUAUUAGUUUUACAAUAUUUGAAAUACAUUUUAAUUUAAUUGAAAAAUCUUGUACUUUUAACGUUCUAUGUUCAAGUCUUGUCUUAAAGUAAGAGUACAAGGCGGCCAUUCUACUCGGGGCUAAUUAGUCAGUAAACUUAGUUAAUUAUUGCAGUUCAGCUGAGUAUCUAAUAUGCUAAGACUAUUAAUUAGAUAUUGUUAAUUAAAUAUAUCGAAUCUGACGCAUGCAAACCAUCUUGCGAUAGAGUACUUUUUAUCACUACUAUGUAUGUAGUUAUAGUAGUUAUUGGACAUGCAUAUUUUUGUAUUGCCGCAAAUAUAUUACGGAAUAUUUUGUUUCCUUUUAUUUUGCAUACUCGGCAAACACAAAUGUAUCAAAUAAUCUGUUACAAAUAUAAGCUAUCAAAGUAGCAAAACAUGAUAAUA